AGUGGGGGAGGGGGAGGGGGAGGGAUCAGACCGCGCUCGGCGGUUCCGUCUGCGGGAUGUAAUAUGCGGAUCUUUUGGCCGUGUGUGUGGCGCGGGAAUCUUGCAAUGUCAAUGUCACCCACCCCACGGGAUGAAUCGGCAUCACCGUGCGCUGCACGUGUCUUCAGCAACCGUUAUCGUUAGUCCGACCACCGCAGGGUUCAGCCCAAAGUGAAUGAGGGGGAAACAAUCAAGACGGGCCGACGGGUGACCACUCACCGAGCGAGCACGUUUAGCAUGCCGUUCGAUCCAUCCGAUGUAUGGCGGCAUAAACGUCAGGGACAGGGGAGGGGAUCCCCGGCCUGCGAGAGUUUCCCCUCCCCCCCCAGUCCUGGCUUGCUGCGGUCUGCCUGCAGCAAAAAACGGUACUGAUGCAGGCAUGUCCGGUUCGGCGAGAUAUGUAAAUAAGAUGUUCGGGGGGUCCUGCGUUGGAUGGCGGGCGCCCCCUUCGUCUUUAGGCCUGUCAAGAGAGACGCCUUCAUCUUGUCUUGUCGUUCCUUUGGAAAGGGGGCUUCUUUUGCUGCUUUUCACCGACGACUCAUCUCAACCUCCCCCAAGAUGCGUUGCGCCACUCUCGCCGCCCUCUUCGCGGCGACCGCUCGCGCCGCCGUCGUCGACACCCGGGCGACGGCGACGUCCACCAACGCCUCCUCCUCCUCCGUCACGGACGGCGGCUGGGAGACGAGGUACACCGCCACGGGCGCCGCGGACGUUGCUGCUGCGGCCGCGACGGCCAAGACGAGCAGCCUGACGAGCAACGUCACGGGCAAGGCUUUCGACCGGUUUGUUAUAAUCUGGAACGAGAACACCGACUACGAAAAGGCUCGCGGUGAUCCCAACCUGUCCUGGCUGGCCGAGAAGGGCAUCUUGCUGGACAACAACUUCGCCGUCACGCACCCCUCGCAGCCCAACUACUUCGCCUCGGUCUGCGGCGACUACCUGGGCAUGCAGAACGACGACUUCAACCGGGCCGACCGCAACGUGUCAACCGUCUUCGACCUGCUCGACACCCGGGGCAUCUCCUGGGGCGCCUACAUGGAGGACAUGCCCUUCUCGGGCUUCGAGGGCGUGGCCUGGGUGAACCGGCAGAACGGCGCCAACGACUACGUGCGCAAGCACAACCCGCCGGUCCUCUUCGACAGCGUCGCGUCGUCGGAGCAGCGCCUGUCGCAGAUCAAGAACGUCUCCAUGACGCAGCCGGGGCGGUCCCAGUUCCACGCCGACCUCGCGGCCGACGCGCUGCCGCAGUGGGUCUGGGUCACGCCCAACAUGACGAGCGACGGCCACGACACCUCGGUCACGGUCGCCGGCUCGUGGACGCGCCGCUUCCUCGAGCCCCUGCUCGCCGACGCCAGGUUCAUGCGCAACACGCUCGUGCUCGUCACCUUUGACGAGAACGAGUCGUACGCCCGCCAGAACCGCGUCCUCGGCAUCCUGCUCGGCGACGCCGUGCCCCGCGCCCUCGUCAACACCACCGACCCGUCCUUCUACAACCACUACUCGGAGCUCGCCACCGUCCAGGCCAACUGGGACCUCCCGAGCCUCGGCCGGUGGGACGUCGGCGCCAACGUCUACCGCUGGGUGGCCGAGAAGACCGGCAGCGUCGUCCGCCAGUGGAGCGCCGCGGCGGCGGUGCCCGACCGCUUCUGGAACCAGUCGUACGCCGGCUUCCUCAACACCGACGCCCCCGCGCGCUACCCCAAGCCGAACCUGGCGCUCGGGAAAAACGCCGCCGGGAAGGGGGUCCUCGACUCGGUGAAGCAGACCUGGAAGGACAGCACGGCUCCUACGUACUACGAAGACACCAUCCACGUCCCCGACGGGCUUAACCCGCCGAAUGGCUACGCGGCCUGAGUGGUUGACUUGAUAGAGUGAUACGAAGACAAUGACCAACUUUCUGGUACUGCCUGAUAGUAUAUAGUAUGCCGUUAAUAUACGUAAUUCUUUCACUCACGCGGACUUGUCGUCAUGACUUUGGUCGAAGUUUUGUUUUUAAUCGAUUCUCGCACCUAGUGUCACUCAUCACCG